AUUGCUGCAUAUAUUUUAUUACAAUGCCGCGUUCGAAGUAUUUUACACCGAAUGAAGUGUCCGUGCACAAUACACUAGGAGACCUGUGGGUAUCGUAUCUGGGUAAAGUUUAUAACUUGACACCUUUACUACAAGAUUACAGAGGCGAUGUACUUCUGAAACCGAUUAUUGAAAGUGCAGGCACGGACAUCAGUCACUGGUUUGACCCCAAAACGAAAGAUAUUAUUACCCAUGUUGAUCCUUUAACCGGCUGUGUAAAGUAUUACACCCCCAGGGGGCGCUUUGUGCAUGUGCCCCCCACGUGCCCUCGCACUGACUGGGCCAAUGAUUUUGGGAAGCCUUGGUGGAAAGACAUGCGCUAUGAAGUUGGCAUUCUGACAGCCAAGGCACGCUGGAUCCGCAUCAUCAACACACUCACUGCCCAGGAACAGAGGCUGGAGGUUUGUUCUGAGGAGACACUGAAUGAGAUUUUAUACCGUUACCUGCGCUACAACUCCCAUGCAGCCAGCUACACCUGGAAGCAUAACGGUGUCAAUAUGGACAUGAGUAAAACCUUGAGUGAGAACGGGAUUCCAGAUGAAGAUGGGGAACUAGACCAAUGUCGGAUGGAUCGUGACCUCUACACUCCAUCCAUAUGUCUGUACUUCAAUGAUGACCUCACUGAACUUUGACCAAAGGGGCGGACUGUCAUCGUAUACAACACAAAUGCUGAUAUUGCAACACUGUUAAUCAGUUAUUAAUUGUUAAUACAGCGUUUCAUUGUAACAGGGGUGUCAAUAGAAGGGGAAUAAAUAUCACAGAAAUGUGUAUCACAUUAUCCUAUUUAUUCCAACAUGAAUAAUUCAACAGAACACAUAAUGACAUACAUAAUCUCACCAUAGUUAUAACAUGUUCAUGUUCGCAGUUCAUUGUAGCAUUGCUUGAAGUUGAUGUGCUGCAAUAAAGGCAACAUGCUGUGGAAUUUUAUUGUGGUAUAUGGCAGACGAUAAAUAAAGCGGAUUCA